GUUCAACUCAACUCAAAACAAAACAACUAUAGUGUAUUAUUAUAUUAUGAAUUUGUUUGUUUCAAUUCAAUAAUGACUAGUACUCAUCUUACUAAUCAAAGGGAUCGCCGUAUCCUAUCAUUCCCGGCGGUUCACCCUUGCGAAAACAUAUCUCCCACAACACUCAUCACUUCUCUAAUCAAUCUUUCACAAACUAUAUCCAAUUUCCAACCUCAAAUAUUCCCAACACAAAAACGUAACGCAAGAGAAACUAUACGUCAAAUUACUAUAAUUUCAAUUUUCCUCAACGAAAUUAAAGACCAUGGUUCCAUUAUUCCUAACUCAAUUAUCCUAUGCUUUUCGGAGCUUCACUUCACUUUACAAAAGAUUCAUUUCUUAAUGCAAGAUUGUACUUUAGAAGGUUCUAGUCUCUUAUUGCUCGCGAAAUCUCAACACGUGGCGUCUCAGCUUCGUUCUCUUAUUCGCGCAGUGGCUAUUACAUUAGAUAUUUUGCCUUUACACAGAGUCGAAAUUUGCGACGAAGUCAAGGAGUUAGUUGAAUUGGUAGCUAAACAAGCUAGGAAAGGUAAAUUCGAAGUAGACCCCAACGACGAGGUUGCGUCCAAAAAACUUCAUUAUGUUUUGCAUCAAUUCGAGAGAGGAACUGAACCAAACUUGAACACCAUGCAUGAAAUCCUUCAUUACCUUAAAAUCAAGAGCUGGAAUGAUUGUGACAGAGAAAUCAAAUUCUUAGAAAACGAGAUAAGUUUCUUGGAGGAUCGGAACUGCGACGAACGAGAGGUUCCGUUGUUGAGUUCUUUGAUUGGGUUUUUAAGCUACUGUAGGGCAGUGAUAUUCGAAGAUUUUGAUGAAAAUUUGAAUAAACUCGAAGCUCGACGCAGCACGGAGAUGAUAACUGUUAACUGUUUGAAUCCAGAGGAUUUUCGUUGUCCAAUUUCACUCGAACUAAUGACUGAUCCAGUAACAGUUUCAACAGGACAAACCUACGAUCGUGCUUCAAUUCAGACAUGGCUUAAAGCAGGAAACAAAACAUGCCCUAAAACAGGGGAGAAUAUUAAAAACACAGAGUUAGUCCCAAACACAACGCUGAAGAGACUUAUCCAACAAUUUUGCAGUGAUAAUGGUAUUUCAUUCACAAGAUUUUCUAACCGUAACCGUGACAUAACGAGGACGAUUUUACCCGGUAGUUCUGCAGCAGCACAUGCUACGCAGUUUCUGUCAUGGUUUCUAACACGAAGGCUCGUGUUCGGAACAGAGCAACAGAAGAAUAAAGCAGCUUACGAGAUUCGUUUGUUAACAAGGUCAAGCAUUUUCAACAGAGCUUGUUUGAUUGAAGUUGGAACUGUGCCACCACUGUUGGAUCUUUUAGCUACGGAGGAUAAAACCACUCAGGAGAAUGCAAUCUCUGCUUUACUGAAGCUUUCAAAGUAUGCAACCGGGCCUGAAAAUAUAAUAGACCAUAACGGUUUAAAGCCCGUUGUGUAUGUACUGAAAAAUGGACUUAGUCUUGAAGCCCGUCAAAUUGCAGCAGCUAUAAUAUUCUAUCUUUGUUCAGUGAAAGAAUAUAGAAAAUUAAUAGGUGAAAAUCAAGAUGUGAUUCAUGGUUUAGUUGAAUUGGCUAAAGAAGGAACAACCUGCGGAAAAAAGAAUGCAGUGGUUGCGAUUUUUGGACUUCUUUUGCUUCCUAGGAAUCAUCAACGUGUGCUUGAAGCCGGUGCUGUUCACGCGCUUGUUUCUAUUUUGAAUACCUUGUGCAACAAGGAAGAGCUUGUUACUGAAACUCUGGCUGUUCUUGCGGCACUUGCUGAGAAUUUUGAUGGAGCUAAUGCUGUUUUGGAAGCUUCUGCAUUGCCGUUGAUUACUGGGCUGUUGCGAUCUGCUCCUUCGCGUGCUGCAAAGGAACAUUGUGUUUCGAUAUUGUUGUCUCUAUGUGUUAAUGGUGGUGUUGAUGUUGCUGGUGUUCUUGCUAAGGAUGUUACACUUAUGCCUUUGCUCUAUUCGCUUCUUACUGAUGGUACUUCUCAUGCUGCUAAGAAAGCGCGUUUUCUCAUUAAAGUUCUGCAGGAUUUCAACGAAACUGCAACUUCUCGAUUGAAAGGUUCCGCAAUUCUACGCCAAUUGAAUGUGUUAGAACUUAGAAAUUAGAAUCUCUUCUUGUGAAUAUAUAUGUAUACUUUUUUGGUGUAUAUACUGUAACAUAUACCUUGGUUAUUGCCACAUUUGAGAAUUUGUGGAAUUAGCUCUCUGUAUUUUUAUCUCUAGUGAGCUAAUUUUAAUAAGUGAGCUUCAAAUUAUACACUGGAAGCUUAUGAUUAUUUUGUAUCUGGUAUAGUUAAGAAUUAAAGUGGUGUGAAAUCAAUGAAUGAAGUCAGUUUAGAUUA